GAUAACAGCCUCAAUAUGGCUCCCACGCGCUCUUCUCGUAACAGCGGGGUGGACACCGAUACUUCCAUGGCUGAUGUUUCAGAGAUCAGACAGCUACCUGUUGAUCCGAUGGAUGUCGACGAAACCCCAGACUUCACAGAAGAUUCUGAUACAAAUCCCAACACUACAGCAAGCAGUGUCGUUGGUGACGCUGUUACAUUUGACGGCCGAAAACGAAGAUCAGAGGCUACCCAGCUUCGUAGAAGUGUUUUUGGCAAGAAACAUGAUGUACUUGGCGAGUCAAAGGAAGAUGACUCUAUUCGACGAUUUCGAUACCUCCUCGGUUUGACGGACCUUUUUAGACAUUUUAUCGAGACAAAUCCCAACCCGCGGAUGAAAGAAAUUAUGGCUGAGAUUGACAAACAGAAUGAGGAAGCUGCCGAGAAGGCCAAGAAGGGUCGUAGUAGACAAGGCGGCGCAGCCAGCGAGAAGCGACGAAGAACAGAAGCGGAAGAAGACGCGGAGCUGCUGAAGGAUGAAAAGGUUGGAGGCUCUGCAGAGACUGUCUUUCGAGAAUCUCCAGGAUUCAUUAAGGGUGGUGAGAUGCGUGACUACCAAGUUUCGGGUCUGAACUGGCUUAUAUCCCUCCACGAAAACGGUAUCUCUGGUAUACUCGCAGAUGAGAUGGGUUUGGGCAAGACUCUACAAACCAUUGCCUUCCUCGGCUAUCUUAGACAUAUCAUGGGUAUUACAGGACCACAUCUCAUUAUAGUACCAAAGUCUACCCUCGAUAACUGGAAGAGAGAAUUUGCAAAAUGGACACCCGAGGUCAAUGUCCUAGUCCUCCAAGGAGCUAAAGAUGAGCGCCAUGCCUUGAUAAACGAACGUCUGAUUGACGAGAAAUUCGAUUGUUGCAUUACGAGUUACGAAAUGAUUCUACGAGAGAAAUCUCAUCUGAAGAAGUUUGCUUGGGAAUACAUCAUUAUUGACGAGGCACACCGCAUCAAGAACGAGGAAUCUUCGCUGGCCCAAGUCAUUCGUCUGUUCAAUUCCCGCAAUCGUCUUUUGAUCACGGGUACUCCUCUUCAAAAUAACUUGCACGAGCUUUGGGCGCUGCUCAAUUUCUUGCUUCCCGACGUUUUUGGCGACUCGGAAGCCUUUGACCAGUGGUUUUCUGGUCAAGGUGAAGAUCAAGACACGGUUGUCCAGCAACUCCACCGUGUCCUUCGACCCUUCUUGCUCCGACGUGUCAAAAGUGAUGUCGAGAAGAGCUUGCUUCCAAAGAAAGAGAUCAAUCUUUACAUUGGCAUGUCCGAAAUGCAAAUCAAUUGGUACAAGAAGAUUCUUGAGAAGGAUAUUGAUGCAGUCAAUGGAGCUGGUGGAAAGCGCGAGUCGAAAACACGUCUCCUGAACAUCGUCAUGCAGUUACGAAAAUGUUGCAAUCAUCCAUAUCUUUUCGAGGGUGCCGAGCCAGGACCGCCUUACACCACCGAUGAGCAUAUUGUCGUCAACGCUGGAAAGAUGGUUAUGCUUGAUAGAUUGCUCGUGCGCCUAAAGAAACAAGGAAGCCGAGUUCUUAUCUUCUCUCAAAUGAGUAGAUUGUUGGAUAUUCUGGAAGAUUACUGUGUCUUUAGAGAAUUCAAGUAUUGCCGUAUCGACGGUGGUACUGCUCAUGAAGACCGUAUCUCGGCUAUUGACGACUACAACAAAAAAGACUCCGAGAAAUUCGUCUUUCUCUUGACCACUCGUGCAGGAGGUCUUGGUAUCAACUUGACAAGUGCAGACAUCGUCGUGCUCUAUGACAGCGAUUGGAAUCCACAGGCCGAUCUACAAGCUAUGGAUAGAGCUCAUCGAAUUGGUCAAACUAAGCAAGUUGUGGUCUACAGAUUCGUUACAGAAAAUGCCAUAGAGGAGAAAGUUCUGGAACGUGCUGCCCAGAAGCUUCGUCUUGAUCAACUUGUCAUUCAACAAGGUCGCGCACAAACUGCUGCUAAGGCUGCCGCAAAUAAGGAUGAGUUGCUUAACAUGAUCCAGCACGGUGCAGAGAAAGUUUUCCAGACCAAGGGCGCAACCGGAGCUCUCGCACAAAAUGGUGCUGACUUGAACGACGAUGAUAUUGAUGACAUCCUCAAGCACGGCGAGGAGCGCACAGCGCAACUGAAUGCUCGUUAUGAGAAGCUUGGGAUCGAUGACCUGCAGAAGUUCACGUCUGAGUCUGCAUACGAGUGGAACGGUCAAGAUUUCACGAACCGCAAGAAGGAGAUCGGCAUCAACUGGAUCAACCCUGCCAAGCGUGAACGCAAGGAACAGUCUUACUCGAUGGACAAGUACUACAAGCAGGCUUUGUCUACUGGUGGUCGCACUGCAGAUGCCAAGCCAAAAGCCCCUCGUGCGCCAAAGCAAGUAACAGUCCACGAUUAUCAAUUCUUCCCAGGCAUGCUCCGAGAUCUUCAGGACCGCGAAACCGCAUUCCAUCGCAAGGAGAUUGGCUAUAAGGUUCCGCUUCCUGACGGUGAGGAGGCUGAUCUUACCGACCGUGAAGCCGAACGCUGUUUAGAUCAAGCCGAGAUUGACAAUGCCACCCCACUUACGGAAGAGGAGCAGGAGGAGAAACAGCGACUAUCUCAGCAAGGCUUCGCUGACUGGAACCGCCGAGACUUUCAACAGUUUGUCAACGGCUCUGCCAAGUUCGGCCGGAAAGACUUUAAUGGAAUUUCAACCGAGGUUGACAGUAAAAAUGCAGAUGAGAUCAAGGCUUAUGCAAAGGUUUUCUGGCAGCGUUAUACUGAGAUUGCCGAUUACUUCAAAUACAUCAGCUUAAUUGAGGCAGGUGAGGAGAAGACUCGCAAGAUGGAACACCAGCGAAAGAUGCUGCGAAAGAAGUUGCAACAGUACCGAGUCCCAUUACAACAACUCAAGAUCAACUACUCAGUCUCUACCACAAACAAGAAAGUUUAUACUGAGGAGGAGGACCGGUUCCUGCUUGUCUUGCUGGAUAAAUACGGUGUUGACAGCGACGGAAUUUUCGAACGCAUCCGUGACGAUAUUCGUGAAAGCCCACUAUUCCGCUUCGACUGGUUCUUCUUGAGCAGAACUCCUAUCGAGAUUAGCAGACGAUGCACUACUCUCCUCACGACCGUGGCUAGAGAAUUCGAGGACGCAUCUGCGCCCAAGGCAACCAAUGGCAAGGGCAAGAGAGAGCCUGACGACGAUGAAAAUGAUGAAGACAGUGUUCUUGGUAUGGGGCCAGCUAAGAAGAAGUCUAAGAAUGGCGUGAAGAAUAAAGCUCUUGACAACGUCAAAUCGGCCGCCGGAAGCAAAGCUGGCUCUGCCACUCCUUCCUCGCGAGCCUCGAGUGUUGCUUCUAGCCCUGCACCUACCUCGAAGAGCAAGUCCAAGUCUAAAAAGAAAUGA